CAAAGCAAAUGGAUGAGUUCAGUAAAGCCAUGAGUGAAGAGAGAGUGCUAUGGGAUUUAGUGUUGAGGGAUGUUAGAGAUGAGAUAGAUGAAGAAAUUAGACAAGUACUUGAGGAUAAACUUCAGCAACUUUAUCAAAAUUACACAGCUGAGCUUCAAGAUUCCUCCAGUCAGGAAUUUGAAAACUUGGUUGCUCAACUAACCCAAGAGAACACAGAAAUUUCUGCACAGGUAACAAAACUGAGCCAGAAAGUUGACAAAUAAAUUUGAUGAAGUGAAGAAACUUACAGAAUACAAUGCCAAUAUUAAGCAAGAGCAAGAAGAGAUGCUACUUGAUGUUGAAGAAUGCCUCAUUAAGGAAAAGCUUAGAGCUAACCUCAUUCUUGAAGAGAGUGAAUUCUAUGAUAAAGAAAACCACAAAAAUUUCCCAAACGAGAUUGACUAUAUGAAAGCUGUGAAAAUAACACUUAGCAACUGAUAUGAGAAAGCUAAGGAGACCAUACCACAAUUCAAGGAGAAGUACGAAUCAGAACUACUACCUGCUCUAAAGGAAAAUGUCUUCAUCUUUGCUAAAAAGUUAACUAAGAUAUUAGAGAAAGAGAAUGAGGAAGCAACCACUCGCUAUAUUUCAAAGAUCAACUCGAUAUUGGAUAGCAAUUUUCAGCAAAGGAAGAGAAUUCAGGCAGAUAUUGACAGCAUCCCUAUUCUUGGCAAGAUCAGGGACUAUAACAAGGAUACCCAAUCAAACUUGUUUGAUAUCAUCCGUAAGAUAUCCGCAGAUCAAGAAGUAUUGAGCACUCUUUCUCCCGAAACUCAGGAGCAGAUCCAAGGAGUGGUCACUAUGAGCAACAGUGAGAUUAGCACAAAGGAAAAGGAACUGAUAGAAGCCGCUUUUGUUAAGAUUGAAAGAUUAUUAAGAAUCAUGGAAAAUCCAGAGCACUCUGAAAUAUACUCCCAGAUGCUUAAUAAUUCAUCCAGCUUGAUGGAUAAGCUCAAAGAGAUUGCCUCGCUAGACUUUGAGGAUGAAAUGGAAACCGACCUAAGACCAAUAGAUCCUGAGGAGCUACUCAAAUUUGUGAAAAGAUUCCUCCUUUAA